AUGGCCAAGGAACUCAAUUCGAUAUUAAAAGAUCGACAAUUAAGUGGUGCUGAUGUUAAAUGCAAAAUUUCCAAUCUUACUAUUGAGUAUAGAAAGAAAAAAAAAGAGCAAGGAAAGACAGGUGGCAGUCCUUCAUCAUGGUCUUACUUUGACGCGAUAGAUAAGAUACUUGGAGAAAGACCCUACAAUGACGAUACUCUCCUAUCAGAUUCUAUGGUUACUGAACAGACAGAGCUGAUAGAUAUUGAAAAUACUCAAUCAUGCGACUUAAAUGCAACGCAAAUAUCGGAACAAGUCAAUGAAGAUAUUGACAUGCUGAAAGAUGAAGAAGCGCCUGGUUCUGAUCCUAAUCGUUUAAACAAAUCAUCUUCGCCUUCCCAUGAUAAAUCUACAAUCAAGUCUGAAGCUAAAGGGACACCUAAUACGACGAAGAGGAUAAAUGCAGUUAGAAAAAAACGUGCUUCGGAAAUCAAACUUGAUCUUAUGCAAGAACUGCUCGGAAAAAUCAAUGAUGCAAACGAGGUUGCAUCCAGAUCAGAAGUGAAGAUGGACAAAACAUCAUGUUUAGCUUUGGUGCACACAUAUUUAUCAAAACAACAACGGCUAACUAAUGAUAUUUCAAAUCUUCGAUCCGAAUAUCAACGUUUGUUACGUAAAUAUCGACGUAAUUUGAACCAGAGAAACAAGCUUAUUGCGAUACUAAUAAUGCUUAAUGAAAAUUCGUUUGGAAUUAAUCAUCGUGGUAUAUGGAUUUUGAAGAAAAAUGGCAGAUAG